GUGUUGCGGGGCUGGGGCAGAGGGUUGGAGGGGGGUCCGGCCCUGGGCAGAGGGUUGGGGUGCGGGGGGGUGAGCAGUGGGGCAGGGCUGGGGAUGAGGGGCUACUCGCGCUAGCCCUGUGACACGCAGGGGCAUGGCACAACCCUGGUAUCCUCUAGUGGGCCAAGCCGUGCACACCCUCACUGCCGGCACACGCCUGCCUGGCCCCGAGGCCUGGGCUAGCCCCUGCUGCCAGGGCUGUGCUGUGCAGCCAGACCCCCCUGCGUCGUGGGCUUCAGGGAGGGCCAGCCCUGGCUGCCCAGACGGCAGCCUGGCGGCACUAGCUUGGCAGGGCGGAGUCACACCCGAGAGAAGCAGGCGGGGGGGCAGCCAGCGUGCCCAGAGCCUGUGACCCCCGCUCAUCUCGCUAACCUGCUCCCCGCCAGAUUAGUGGGGCUUGGCAGUGGGUUCACUCCUGGAGCGGCUCAUGUCACAGCUGCCAGGGCCCGAGGGGCUUUAUCCAGGCUGGGAGCGCCGGGCUGGCUGGGAAAGGAGCCAUAGGGGAGAGCCGGACAUCUGUCAGGCACAGAGGCGUUGGCCUGGGUGGGUGCCACCCGCAGGGGCUCACAUGCCACCGAGCGGGGGAUAGAGCAAGAUGGCAAUGUACAGGGAUCGGGUGUUGAAAUCCAGGCUCCCCCAGCUAGUCUUAACCCUGGCCACGGGGCCAGCACUGGCAUGAGCGAGGGUUAACAGACUUGCUGCUGCCAAGCACUCGAGAGCAGAGAGGACUUGGCACCAGGCCCAGAGAGCAGGGGCGUGCCAGCCACGCCCGCACGUGAUGGGGCCAACUCAAGCCAGCUCCCAGAGCCCCCUGCGCAGCUCUCCCUCACUCCCCCACAGCUCGCUAUCAGCAGCGGGGCUGGGUGAGGAUGCGGCAGCUGGGCAGAGCCAAAGGGACCGAACGCAGCAGCUGUCCACGGGAAAAUGAAAGUGGCUGUUCAGCCCGGGGGAUGAAGGCUGAAGAGAGGAAACUGGGCUGCCAGGGCCGCUUUCACUUUUCUUUCGCCUCAGCCCGGCUAAGAACAGGAUUGGCGACAGCACAGAGGUUUGGGGUGCGGCCGCAGGGACGUGGCCCCAGUGCUGAUGAGAGAGCACCGGCUGCCCCAUGAGCUCUACUGUUGCUCUCCUACUCCUCACCCAGCUUAGCUCCCUGCGGGGGCUGGGGUCAGACAAGCUGCCUGUGGAGCUGCCUGCUACCUCGGAGGCUGUGCUGGGGGGCACGGCGCAGUUGAACUGCACCUACCCGCCCAUGGCGGACCUGAUCUUAUACUGGACCCGACUGGGGCCGGACAGCGAGAGGAAUGUCUACAUCUACUACCGAGGGGAACACCUGGCCUCGCAUGACGACCUGGCCUAUCGGGGCCGUGCCACUGUCCCAGCUGGGCAGCCCGAGCGUGGGAACGGGGCCCUCUGGCUACACAACGUGACUCUGGCUGAUGAGGGCAGGUACCGGUGCCGGGUAAAGAGCAACCGCGGCAUGGGCGUAAGGGAGACGAAGCUUCAGCUCACAGGUCCCUAUCGUCUAUCCUGGCUCCAGCCCAAGCCCUGCUCCCCCUCCCUGCAGAAUGUGACACUGACAUGCCUCGCAGAGGGCGGCUACCCCCUCGCCACCGUCACCAUCCACGACAGCACUGGCAGGGACUAUGGGGCCAGGACACUGGCUGCCAAGGACCCCCAGGGGCUGUAUAGGGCCGCCCACACAGCUGACGUGCCCUGCUCCUCCACCGCCAGCUACACCUGCAUCGUCAACACCACCUUCCACCAGCAGAACCGCACCAGGACGCUUGUCCUGGAAGAGCCGCAGCUGGCGUGGAAGGGCUGUUCCGGCUUUGGUAUUGGCAUUGGCUUGGCGGCGGUAGUGCUGGUGAGCGGAGCACUCUGGGUAAGCAUCCGCCCUACUCCUGACGCACUCCUGCAGCACCUUGGGGUCCUCACGCACCCGCUGGCCUUGUCUUUCCUUCCUACAGGCUCGGCAGCAGAGGAGGAAGGGGCAGAAGCACCAGGAACCCCACCCCCCGUGAGAGACAGACCAGCCUAGGAAGAGGCCCUGUUGGAGGGCACCGUUCCCACCUGCACAAGGAGGGGGGGACACACCAGACACCCUCCAGGAGCCACCCCCACUUAGCAAACAUCUCGCACCAGUCAGGUCAUUGAGCUUUGCCCCACACCAAGCCCUGGUAUGACCAAGUGGAACUGUUCUUAAUGUUUCCUCUGAAUACUGUAGGGGUGCCUCAGUUUCCCCUAGGCAUUUCGUAAGUCUCUAGGGGAUGGGAUAAGGGGGUGUCAUUGUUGCAGAGCAAAGGGCGAGGGUACGUAAAUGGCGACACUCUGGCUCCUGGCCACUGACGGCCUGGCCCUUCCCCCUGCCAGGUGAGAGCUAAAGGGUGGGAGGACAGAGGAAUCCGGUGCCCUCCUGGCCUGGGAAAGGGACCAAGCCCCGAGGAAGAGGGGCUAGAGGGACAGUCAGUUUGGGGCUGGCUGGGGAUGAGGAGUGAAGUGCAGACGGGGUUGUCUGGCUCACUGCCCCCCCAAAAUGGACCCGGCUGAGGGGUCCUGUUCUCUGCCCCUACAAGCUCUGUGUUAGACCAUGUUCCUGUCGUCUAAUAAACCUUCUGUUUUACUGG